UCUCAACUCGUUGGUCCCGACGAUCGCCGCCACGGUGGAUGGCAUUGAGAAGGUGAAGGACGUCUGGGAGAAGUUGAGGAGAACAUAUGAUGGGGUGAGGAAUAACCUGAGGGUGUUCCAGAUUAAAGGAGAGAUCGACGCCACAGUCCAGGAAGAGAGGACUGUACAGGAAUAUGCUACAGAGCUGGAGCGCCUGUGGCUGGACUAUGAUCAUUUUCCCCCCCGGGCUAGCUGCAAGGACCCGGCAUGUAAAGAGCAGGAGGCCUUUCUACAGGAGAGGACUAUGGUGUUUCUCAAGGGAUUAACAUCAGAGUUCGCUCAGUGAAUUGCAUUACUGCUAGCUCAGCCGAAAAUUCCCACGCUUGAGGAGGCUGUCUCUGCUAUGAUCCAGGAGGAGACUCGCUUUCGGCUGCAGGCGGGGACAGGUGGACUUCCGGUGGUGAAGUCAGCAUUGGCAGCCUCUAGCAAUACUGGAUCUAGGGGAGAGACUCGACAGUGCUACAACUGCGGUGCGGUGGGUCAUCUAAGGCAUGCUUGCACCAAACCACCCAAGGAAGGAGAUUCGGGUGGACGUGGACAGUUCGGAGGUCGUGGUCGUGGCCGUGGGGGUCGACGAGGUGGAAGAGUAGCAGGGAAUCAGGCGAAUCUGACGGUAGCAGAAGAAGAAGAAGCUGAGGUGAUCUUUACUGAGGAGGAUCGUGCUCUCCUGGCAAUACUCAGGAGAAAGCAGCAAGUAGCAGGGGAUGGAGACUUGAGGAGUGGGACUGAGGAGGCAUCCACUUCGUUCUUCGCCAGAGGCAAUACUGCUACCUAUGCUCAUCCGACCAAAGGAGAAGGGGACAGGACGGAGACUUGGGACUGGCACAUGACGUAGUGGACUGUGGUAUCUGGAUCGUGAAGGGCUGGAUUCAGCAUUGGUGUCAAUAGUAGAGGAAACAGGAGUAGGAUCUAAUAUGAGUACCGAGAAUGAGUUAAUGCUUCAUCACCAGCGUUUGGGACACUCAUCAUUUGGUGUUUUAAGUAGAUUGUAUCCUUCUUUAUUUAAAAAAGCAAAUAAACAGAAACUUGUGUGUGAUGCAUGUGAGUUUGGAAAGCUUACUAGAAGCUCUUAUGUUAGUUCAGGUCAUAGAAGUUCGCGUGUAUUUGACUUGAUACAUUCAGAUGUUUGGGGGCCUUGUUCCACAAGUUCUAUGAAUGAAUACAAGUAUUUUGUUACAUUUAUUGAUUGUUUCUCUCGUGUGACUUGGUUAUACUUGAUGAAGAAUAAGAGUGAAGUGUUUGGGUGCUUUCAAAACUUUCAUAGGAAUGUUCAGACUCAAUACGGAGCAGUGGUGAAGAUAUUGAGGUCGGAUAAUGGGACAGAGUAUACCAACAGAGCGUUUGAAGAAUAUUUGUCAGCUCAGGGAAUACAUCACCAGACGACCUGUCCAUACACACCAGCUCAGAAUGGGGUAGCGGAAAGGAAGAACAGACAUCUUUUAGAGGUUGCUAGAAGCAUGAUGAUCUCUAUGAAUGUC